UUUACUUAUGAUUCAUGAUAUAAAAACUAUUACGAAUAUUUAAAUAAUACAGUUACCGGCUUCAUAGUCAAGCUUUAACCUUGUUUGAUAUAUCUGAUGACAAAGUGAUAUUAUUUAAUUAAAUUGUGAAAAGAAAGUAUAAGAAUAUAGUUAUUUUUAUAAUGAAUCUUUAUGCUGAAAUUCAAAAAGUAACACAAAUACCUCAAACAGAUGAAAAUAUUGUAUUCGUGCGUCGGAAAGAUUCUUAUGAACAAAAUCUAAAAUUAAAGAAGAUCAAAGUUCCACAAAAUGUAAAUUUAUAUGAUUUUAAUGAUACUAAUGAUAGCAGUCGUGAAAUAUGUAACACUUUGCCUUCUAAGUAUUUAUUACAUGAAAAUGAAAUUGCAUCCAGUAUUAAAGAAGCUAAUUAUGGUAUUAAUUAUUCAAAUGAGUAUCUUCAAGAUCAUUGGAAAAUUAGACAAAUGGAAGCUAGUUUAAAUAUUAAAUCUAACAAUGACUGUAAAAAUUCAACUACAGAAAUUCAUAAGCAAAUUACUAUAUUAAAAACUGAUAAUAAAAAUGAUAUUGAUUGUAAAGAUAUUGAGGAUAAGGAAAAUAUUUUAAAAGAAUGUGGACUUCACAAAAAUGCGGUAAUUAGAAGCCUUUUAAAAAGCCAUAUAAUAUCAUUAAAUGAUUUACAAAUACCAAACAAUUGUAAAAAUAUAAAAAUUAAGAAUACCAAUCUGCAGAAUCAAAAUAUUUUUUCAUCGAAUAAUUUAUUACAAAAAGAUACUAUGAAAUUAGUUCAAUGUCCAGAAGAUCCAGAAGUAUUUGUUCAAUCUUUACAAGUUCAUGGUCAUAUAGAUGAAAAUAAAUAUAAUGAUAUUGAUUUUUGUGUACCACACAUAGGUAAAAAACAAAUUGUUACAUCACGACAAUUUUUUAUUAAUAUGGAUGACUCUGAUUUUGAUUUUAUAAAAAAAAAUAUAGCAGAUAAAAAAUAAAUAAAUAAUAUUAAUGUUUAAAAAUAAUAUUUUUUUAACUUUAAAGAAAAUAACUUUUAUCAAAAGUAAAUACUUUAAGACUGUUCAUUUCAUUACAUACAUUUCAUUAAAUUUGAUACAUUGAAUAAGAUUAAAUUAAA